CCGAAGCACAAAUACUUUUGCUACACACGCACAACCGAUUCAUCCACAGAUACUAUUUCUCUCAAGGUGCACCUCCACCAGACACUGCGUUCACUCGGACAUCGAUAUUUUAGCUGCAACAUUCUGUCCACAGUAGAUACGUAUGAGAUUGUCGAUAUCGAAACCUCCAACACACAACGUACUCAAUUCUGGGCAGAGUUGCAAUAUCAGUCUGUCGCGGGUAUCCCACAACAGCUGGUAACACCACUGACAUCACACUCGUUACGCAGAGGUUUUAUGGCUAGCGCCUUGGCAAUUAGCAUGUCGCACCGCAUUAUCAGUGCCAUUCUGGGUAUUAAACAAGGAUCUGUGAAAUCCUACGUCAGGGCAUUAAUCCCUAGUCUACACGACAGCUUCUUCAACGGAGACAGAUCUAGUGGUGGCUGGACGUGCAACAACAUAAACGCAAGUCAUCUGUUUCCUGUAAUGACAUCGAUUUCUGUCAUUCCAGUCACAUGACUCCUCUGAACUUUUCUACCUCAAGAGUACAAAAGGGAAGAACAUACAAUACUUCGUCUCAUCUGUGCUCCUCACAUCCCACCCUUGCCAUGUCCUGUUUUCAUCAAUUCACCUCACAAAGGCAUGUAUCAGCAGCAGUCGUCACUAUUCGGCGUGGGUCGGUAGACCAGACAGACUUCGCUCGUACUUGCACACGACACUACGUCUACUCAAUGUAUAUAGAACCAAUACUCACUCCCAGCAAUGCAAAUAGCAUUCUGCACAAUAAUCAUUAAUCCUGGAUGUAUAGAUACAAACAUAGAGUAGUUGGCGGUGCCAAGUGUGGAUCCGUAGUCACAUUGUCGUAUCGAAAUGUCUAGUAAAAACAUAAAAAACAAACAAAAC